AUGGCCAAGAUGCGGAAACGAUUGACCCUUGCCUGCGACACUUGCCGAUCACGACGAGUAAAGUGCGACGGACAGCGACCAUGUUGCGCACCGUGCAGAAUCCGUGGGCUGGACUGCUUCUACCAGCAGCUUCCUGAAAGUCCUGCCACCAAGGUAGAGACUGAACUAGCUAAUGUCAACUUGCGGCUCGACUACCUCACCGCGCUGCUAUCGAGGCAGUCCAGGCCACUAGUCGAGUCCCACGCAGGCUUGCAAGAACCUACCAGAGCAUUGGGCUCCCACGAGGACUCGCCGUUUCGGCUUCUAGCAACCAACUCGAUUAUGCGCGUGUUUGGUCUCGAUGACAACUAUGCGCAGCGCCUUCUUCAACUCGAGCGGGCGAAUCUCCUAGUCGGCACGACUACACACCCGCGUACGGCCUUUAUUCCCCACCAACAGAUCACCGACGCAUUAGCGGCCUUCUCCGACCGAAUCCACAGCUACUAUCCCAUCCUUCCUCUGGACUUUUCGGAGCGGUACUUUUCCACGCUGUCUGAUUCUUCUCUGGCCCCAUCAUGUCACACAUGUUUGGUCCUCGUUGUUGCAGCCCUCGGGUGCGUUGCGCAUAAUCCUACAACCGGCAGCCAUUACUUUGAAGCUGCUCUUGCGUCGCUGCCAGUCAUCCUUGCGGAAUGCACUGUGACCAGCAUUCAGUGUCUGAUUUUCCUGAGUAUCUAUUACUGUUGCAUCCUCAAGCCAUGUCAGGCCCAUGACUAUUGCCUGAUAGCCGCGUUUAAGAUCCAAAAUCUGUUCAAGAGCGGCCUCCAAAAUGCAGAAAAUGACAGUCUCGAACUGACGCACCGAGCAUAUUGGGCUAUCCUAUUACUUGAAAGGCAACAAAGCGAACUGAGCGUCCAGCUCGACCUCGCAAAAAGCUCCAUCUGGUCCCUAGACGAAUGCAUCCCCCUCCCCAACUGCCAACGCACCUGGCAGUUCCCACCCCCGCAAACUACAAGCCCUGCCGCCGUCUCCCCCGCAAGCAUCCACUCCACCGACAGCACCAGCACAACAGCCGACCAAGCCCGCUCCUUCUUCCUCGCCGAGAUUGCCAUGCGGCGCAUGUUGCAGCGGUGCAACUCGGCCGUCACGCGCACCGCAGACGGUCGACCCAGCUACGCGCCCGGGAUUGCGCUGGAGCUCGAGCGCCAGCUAGACGAGUGGUACGACUACCUACCGGGGAACAUCCGCUUCGCAAAAGAGCCUGGUCCAAGCCAGCCGUACGCGGAGCGGAUCGAGUCGCUCUCGAAUUUCCUCAACGUCCAGUACUACUGCUGCAAACUGUCCAUCUACUGGCCGGCAGCCUUCCAGGCGAUACAGGACGGUGGAGCGAGCAUCCAGCUGCUAGACCAUGUGCAGCGCUUCAUCGACGCGUACGUCCAGCUCCUGCCGCGGAUUACGUUUGCGGUUAACGACUGUCUGGUUUAUAAGUGGACUUUGUCGGUUAGUCUCUUCACCACUACGAUGGCCGCCCUUAAGGUCGCUGAGGCCCCGUGCUUCGGUGGUGCUAGUCGUGAUCAGCUACGGGAGUGUCUUCCGUCGGCUGCGGCUGUGGAGUGGAGAGGGGCAGAGGGGAGCCCAUCCCUGGAGGAGCUGCGACAGACUCUAAGAGCGCGGUUGGGAGAGGCUGGGUAUAAAGAGGUAAAAACCUGA